CGUCGGUUGUGGGUAUUCAGAAAACGGCGAAUAAAGAUGAAAACGACCUAUUACAUUUGGGGUAUAAAGAUGGAAACGAGCUAUUACAUUUGCAGAAGAAAUUAUUCGAACUCUCAUGCAGCAGAUCAUUAAAACCGUGGCUACAGUUGGAAUGGAUUUUUUCUCUGACUAAAAACGGAAAAGAAACAUAUACCGCUCAAAAGAUUAUGCUGGAUUUCAUUUACAACAUAUCACCAGGAAAGGCGACAAACCGUACUGUUUCACAAUAUAACAAUAAUUACAAUGUAACAGAUAAUUUCCAGGAAAUAAAACCUAUUUUUAAGAAUUAUUGGGAUUAUGUGGCGCGAGAUGAUGUUACGAAAUUCCAUGCAAUUGUAAAUAAUAUUACGGAAAUAACAUCCUUUACUAUGCUUAUGCUGGCAACACAUACAGAUGUACAAGAAAAACUGCGACAGGAAAUAUCAGCCACAUUCGAUAAUGAUAAGGUUGAUGCCCAACGACUGUUAAACAUGCAAUAUUUUCAAAUGGUGUUUCAAGAGACUUUAAGAUUGUUUCCUAUAUCACCUAUCAUUAUGCGUCAACUUACAGGAGAUAUAAAACUUG